AUGUGGCAGCCAAAAGUCACAGUUACACUGUACUGGGUCUUACUAGAGGAUGCAUGCAAUAUCAAAGAGAUUGGCCAACUUGCUUUUAAAGGCAUGAAAAGACUGAACCGAAUCCAAUCUAUAGUUUUUGAGACUGCCUACAACACAAAUGAGAACAUGCUAAUCUGUGCACCCACUGGAGCUGGGAAGACUAACAUUGCUAUGCUGACAAUUCUUCAUGAAAUUCGCCAGCAUGUUCAGCAUGGUGUUAUCAAAAAGGAUGAGUUUAAGAUUGUCUAUGUUGCUCCUAUGAAGGCUUUGGCAGCUGAAAUGACAAAUUACUUCAGCAAGCGUCUUGAACCACUGGGUAUUACUGUGAAAGAGCUGACUGGUGAUAUGCAGCUGUCAAAAGGUGAAAUUCUGCGAACACAGAUGCUUGUGACUACUCCAGAAAAAUGGGACGUAGUAACAAGAAAAAGUGUUGGUGAUGUAGCUCUUUCUCAGCUGGUAAAGCUCUUGAUUCUUGAUGAAGUUCAUCUGUUACAUGAAGACAGAGGACCCGUACUUGAAAGUAUAGUGGCACGUACUUUACGUCAGGUUGAAUCUACACAAAGCAUGAUUAGGAUUUUGGGUCUUUCAGCUACAUUACCCAAUUAUCUUGACGUUGCUACGUUUCUACAUGUCAAUCCCUACAUUGGACUAUUCUACUUCGAUAGCCGUUUCCGACCUGUACCACUGGGACAAACCUUUAUAGGAAUUAAGACAACUAAUAAGGUGCAGCAGCUGAAUCAUAUGGAUGAAGUAUGUUAUGAAAAUGUGCUGAAGCAAAUAAUGGCUGGUCACCAGGUGAUGGUGUUUGUUCAUGCUAGAAAUGCCACAGUCAGAACUGCCAUGGCUCUUCGAGAAAAAGCAAAAAACAAUGGUCAUAUUUGUCACUUCUUGUCACCUCAAGGAUCAGAUUAUAGACAGGCUGAAAAACAGGUACAGAGAUCCAGAAAUAAGCAGUUGCGUGAGCUGUUUCCAGAUGGAUUUAGUAUUCAUCAUGCAGGAAUGCUGCGGCAAGACAGAAGUUUGGUUGAGAACCUGUUUUCUAAUGGACAUAUCAAAGUGUUAGUUUGUACAGCUACACUUGCCUGGGGUGUCAAUCUUCCUGCUCACGCUGUUGUUAUUAAGGGAACACAAAUAUAUGCUGCAAAAAGAGGCUCCUUUGUUGACCUUGGAAUUUUAGAUGUCAUGCAGAUAUUUGGUCGAGCUGGACGGCCUCAGUUUGACAAAUUCGGAGAAGGCAUCAUUAUUACAACUCAUGAUAAACUCAGUCAUUACCUGACACUUCUUACUCAGCAGAAUCCAAUUGAAAGCCAGUUUCUUGAAAGUCUUGCCGACAACCUGAAUGCAGAGAUUGCUCUUGGAACAGUAACUAAUGUGGAAGAAGCAGUAAAGUGGAUAAGUUACACUUAUCUUUAUGUACGGAUGAGAGCAAAUCCAUUAGUAUAUGGCAUCAGUCACAAAGCUUAUCAGAUGGAUCCAGGUCUAGAAAAGCACAGAGAACAGUUGGUAAUUGAAGUUGGCAGGAAGCUGGACAGAGCCCGCAUGAUUCGCUUUGAAGAAAGAACCGGCUUUUUUUCUUCAACAGAUUUAGGCAGAACUGCCAGCCACUACUAUAUUAAAUACAAUACUAUAGAGACUUUCAAUGAAUUGUUUGAUGCUCAUAAAACAGAAGGUGAUAUUCUUGCUAUAGUGUCCAAAGCUGAAGAAUUUGAACAAAUAAAGGUUAGAGAAGAAGAAAUAGAAGAGCUGGAUACCUUAUUGAAUGAUUUCUGUGAACUUCCUGCUCCUGGAGGUGUGGAAAACAACUAUGGAAAAAUAAAUAUCCUCCUCCAAACAUAUAUUAGCAGAGGGGAGAUGGAUAGCUUCUCCCUUAUUUCAGAUUCUGCAUAUGUUGCACAGAAUGCAGCUCGUAUUGUUCGAGCUCUUUUUGAGAUUGCCCUUAGGAAACGUUGGCCUGCAAUGACAUAUCGACUACUGAAUCUCAGCAAAGUCAUUGACAAGAGGCUGUGGGGCUGGGUUAGCCCUCUGAGACAGUUCUCUGUGUUACCACCAUCAGUCCUCUCAAAGUUGGAAGAGAAGAAUCUCACUAUAGACAAGAUGAAGGACAUGAGAAAGGAUGAAAUAGGUCAUAUGCUGCAUCACGUGAAGAUUGGGUUAAAGGUCAAACAGUGUGUUCAUCAAAUCCCCUCCAUUGCAAUGGAAGUAACAAUUCAACCAAUAACUCGCACAGUGCUUCGAGUUCGGUUGAACAUCACUCCUGACUUCACGUGGAACGAUCAGGUACAUGGCACCGUUGGAGAGCCUUGGUGGAUUUGGGUAGAAGACCCUACUAAUGAUCACAUUUAUCAUUCAGAGUACUUCAUCGUUCAGAAAAAACAGGUCAUUACUAAAGAACCUCAACUACUGGUGUUUACAAUCCCAAUAUUCGAGCCUCUGCCUUCUCAAUAUUACAUUCGAGCUGUGUCUGAUAGAUGGUUAGGAGCAGAGGCUGUGUGUAUCAUAAAUUUUCAACAUCUGAUUCUUCCAGAGAGACAUCCACCCCACACAGAGCUUCUAGAUCUUCAACCUUUGCCUGUCACAGCCUUAGGACAUCCAGAAUAUGAAGUCCUCUACAAGUUCACACACUUCAAUCCUAUCCAGACCCAGAUAUUUCAUACACUUUAUCACACAGACUGUAAUGUUCUUCUUGGAGCACCUACAGGUUCUGGAAAGACUGUUGCAGCUGAAUUAGCCAUCUUUAGAGUUUUUAACAAGUAUCCCACAUCAAAGGAAGCGCGGAGUGACAGCACUCAGCGAGCACACAGGGGAAGAGCCAUAGAAACACUCAUCGGGGUGAGUAACGAGGUACUGAAUAAGCUGUACUGGGAGCGUGGCCACGGGAAAAGGAUCAGCAGGAAACCGCCCAAAAAAACCGACCGGGCCGCCAGAACACGACCACGCAGUGCAUCCUUCUCGCCCCGCCUGCUCGCUUUACGGCAGUGUCGCGCCUCGUCGGCUCUUUGCGGCAGCGGAACCGGCAAGCCGGAAGGCAAGUGCGCGACCGGGCGCGGGCGGGGGUCGGGAGGAUGA